UCGACAAGAUGGCUGUUCCAAUAUUUAUUAUGUACUAUGUUGCAUAAUUUGAUAUACUAAACAAAAAUUAUCAAUAAUAUUAACAUUUAAGUAUGAAAAAUAUAAUUUUUUACACUGUAAUUUUCUAUAAAAAAUUAUGCGGGUAAAAUUAAAAUUCGGAUACAAAUAAAUGGCGCGACAAUUAUCCAUAUCUCGAAUAAUUCAUAUGUUCGUCCAUCUUAGACCGCUCUAAACACUUUUUGAUUCGUGAAAUAUUUGUUUUGUAAACUAUAAAUUGUAAUUUUAGAUUUUGUCAUGAACUGUUUAAAAUUAGGUGAAAUGAUUCUUUAUACUUAUUUAAAAAUCGAAAAGAAGAUUGUGACAAUGAAAUUAAAGUGAUUUUUGUAGUAUAUGCAACUUGUAAUUAUUAAAAUCGUAUUGUUUACAUAACGAACGAGUUGAAGCGUUCGGUGGAUUGUUUUCCUCUUAUCGUGAAAUUGCGCUUUAAUAAAGUUUUAAUAUAACACAGUUUUUAUAUAAUACUUAAUUCUAUGAAAUAAUGUCUGGAGAACAGUUUUCAUUGGUUUGGAAUAGUUUUCCAAGAAAUUUAUCAUCUGGAUUAUAUACGUUAUUAAAUGAUGAGCAGCUAGUUGAUGUAACAUUAGCUGCAGAAGGUCAAAUAUUACGUGCACAUAAGUUAAUAUUAUCAGUUUGUAGUACAUACUUCAGAGAACUUUUUAAGGGCAACUCCUGUAAACAUCCAAUUGUAAUUUUAAAAGAUGUCAAUUAUCGUGAUUUAUCAGCAAUGCUUCACUUUAUGUAUCAAGGCGAAGUAAACAUUAAGCAAGAAGACAUAGCAAGUUUUCUAAAAGUAGCGGAGACUUUACAGAUAAAAGGGUUAACUACAGAAUCUGAAGAGAAGUUAGGGGAGAGUCUUUCAGAAGAUGCAGAACAAUUGGAUCACUUGUUUAAUAUGGACAAGAAGAGUAUUAAUUUUGAUGUAUCGGAUUUAAAUGCAUCUGCUUUUGAGAAACCAAAAGAAACAGUGGAAGUGGAUCUACAAUCUGAAACUCAAGAUACUUCAUCGAGCGGAGAACAUCAUAAUAAAGAAUUUAUACAAAAAACUGCAACAGCCAGUGAUACAUAUUAUCAUCAAGAUUCUACUUCUGACUUAGUUUAUAAUAUGCAAAAUAUAAAUAUACCGCAAAAUAAUAAUUGUAAAAGUAUAGAGGUACAAAGUAAUGAAGAGGAACCAUUAGAUUGUACAGCUGAUACUGGUUAUACAGAAUCACCUAAACAAGAACCACUAGAUUAUACACUUGAUAUUGAACCAGAAACAGUAUAUACAACAUAUUCCAAAGAACCAUUUUAUAAACCUGAAGAAAAUUUACAUAGGAAAGAUUGUAUGCCAGAUAUGCAAUUAGUUUCUUAUGAUCAGAAUACGCAAACUCAAUCAGUUGGUCUAACUAACAUGUCUGGUCUUCAAAAUGAGUUCACAUACGAAUCAGGCUGUCAUGGUAAAGGUCGACGAACAGUGAAAGGUAUUUCCAAUAAUACUCUACCUUUAGAAACAACAUUGCGUGUUGUAUCCGAGCUGGGACCAACGUUGCGCAUGGAUAGGGGAAAAGUGAUUCGAAUGUAUUCGUGUCCAUGGUGUCUUCGUCACUUCACCCGUAAGGAAAAUCUUAAACUACAUGUCCGUUAUAUCCACGGACCUCUUGAAAGUCUGACGUGUAAGCUUUGUGGUAAUAAAUACAAGAACAGCAACAGCCUACGUGUACAUUCGUAUCUUUAUCAUAAUGCUAAACGAGACAAACCUAAUAAGCCACUCGAGUAUAGUGGAGUAUGAAAAUGAAACGCAAAAAUAACAAUGACGACGUUUUACUGUGUUAUAAAAAUAUAACAUAAAAACAUAACAUUAAAUACAAAAAAUUGCGAUUUGGCGUAAUGCUAUAUUAUGGGCACAGUUUUAUUUAUAAUCGAGUGUUCUGACUACUGUGCAUUAGCGACGAGAAAGAUUUCUAAAACUAUUUAACACUCUUUAUUUACAGAAUGUUUAAUUAAAGGAUUCUGUGAAUUUAGAGAAGCGUAUUAUCCAUUUUAUUACUUAGAUUAUACCUCUUGACCACUAGAAAUUAUGAACAAUGACAUAUUUUAUAUAUACCAAGUUACUUUUUUUGUAAGACAUCGAGUGUAAAUAUAUACAUGUAUAUUGGUACAGAAUUUUGUAAAUAUACAUUUUUAAUAAAAUAUAACGAUCAACCGA